CAAGUGAAUUUGACCUGUCAUCUGCAAAUGAGGGCGGCUUGGAACUUCUUGCUAAUGUCGCAUCAGAGGCGACAACCCUGGCAUCGUAUGCAAACAUGGAUACUGAGACAGAUGACCAAAUGGACACUGGUGACCUGCAGCUGUUUGUGGCUGUCACUGCUGGAUCUGAUGCUUCUUGUCAAGUUAGCCAUGCCGAGAAGCCCCGUAAGGAGUGUGACCAGAAUGUGACCUGGAGAAGGGAAUUUGAUUUUCACGGCUUUGCCACGCUUCAAACUUCUGAGCAGGCAUUUCAUGACCUCUGCGGGGUCACCAUGUCAGUGUUCACUCUGCUGCUCUACCUGCUUCCAAGCCAACGACAACGGUCCUCAGAUGUGACUCGAGAGGACAGGCUUGUCCUCUUCCUCAUGAAGUUGAAACUUGGAGUAAGCCUGACAGCACUUGGGGCACUUUUUGGUGUUACAAAAUCUACAGCUUCACGAGUGUUUCAUCUCAUGCUGGACCAUCUCAGUACGAAGCUUGAAAAGUGGAUUUUUGUGCCCCCUAGGACGACCAUCAAAGACACAAUGCCGGCAUGUUUUACUGCUAAUUACCCAAACUGUACAUUUAUAAUUGACUGUACUGAAGUUAGGACCGAGACUCCGUCAGACCCUGAGCAGCAACAUUACCUUUAUUCUCACUAUAAGGGGGGAUACACUCUUAAGUGGCUUGUGGGUAUCAUUCCCAAUGGCAUGAUUGCGUUUGUUUCUGAGCCCUAUGGGGGACGGCACUCAGAUUCCCUCAUAACAAGGCAGUCUGGUUUUCUCACACAUGUUCUGCCUGGAGACUUGGUAAUGAGCGACAAGGGUUUCCCAGCGAUAAAAACUACAAUGGAGGAACAGGGAGCUGUUCUCCUGAUGCCACCAUUCAACACUGGGGGAGGUCAGCUUUCUGUAGAGGACAUGAACUCCACAUUUGUCAUAGCACAAGUAAGAAUCCAUGUAGAGCGUGAGCUAUGUGAGCCAUGUGAGCUAUUCAGAGGUUGAAACUGUAUAAUGUCUUGAACAACCUUGUACCGCUUUCCCUAAUUCCCCACAUGGGUAAAGUAAUGAAAGUGUGUGGGGCCCUUGUCAACCUCUAGGCACCGAUCAUAAAAUCGUAGUUAUGUUAAAUGUCCUACUGCCCUGCAAAUGUUACCAAGGCCUGCUAAACUUCCAUGGAAGUGGGGUGCUGAGAGACGUGAAAUAAAACAUUGAGAACAUACUGACUUGUGACAUAUACAGGGUCC